AUGAUCGAGAUGCUUUCGAGACGUGCAGAAGCAGAAGCGAGGUUCUACAAGAGAAGUUCGGCCAAGAACAUAGCUAAUGAGUACAAGAAAGCUCUUUCCAACUUUAUACAUAUGAAUGAGAGUAAAAUCAGGAACAACACCGACAUCACCUGCUUGGAUUAA